AUGGCCUCCAUCGAUCCACCCUCUGACCGCAAACGCCCGCGCACCGAGCUCGAUGCUGAGCUGCUCAUAAAUCACCCAGCGCUUUACUUCGAUGACGGAAACGUCAUCUUACAGUGCGGCAAGACCCUCUUCCGCGUCCACCGCAGCAUCCUCCUCAAGCACUCCACCUUAUUCCAGGAGAUGCUCGCCCCCGCGCGCGACACCCUGCGCGAUUGUACGUCGAUCAAGGUCGUCGACGACAAGGACGACAUGGAGGCAUUAUUAAACACAAUAUACGAUGGUUUCACUAUCGACGCUUCCCAAAUCACCAUCGAGAACUUCCCGACCAUCUCCGGUAUUCUGCGCCUCGCGCACAAAUACCGCGUCCCGCGCCUCCGCGUCGCCUGGCCCUCUGCCCUGGACAAGCAUCUCGCGCGCGCACGCGCCCUCACUGCGUGGCGCGCUUCGCAGCCGCACGCCGAGGACCUAAUCAUGCACCCCGCUGCCUGCGCUCCAUCGACUGCACCGAUAACGCCCUGCUCACCGCGCUCUUCCACGACCUCAGCCGCCGCACACCACAGCUUAUGCUCGGUGCUUUGCCCCGUUUCCUUGCUUCUGUGGGCGGUUUUGCGUGGUUUCGGAAAUGGGGCUGCAGACCACAAAAUUCCCUCAGACCACAAGAUCGUCGUGAAGAACCCCGUCGUCGAGCUCGAUGACGACGAGAUGACGCGCAUCAUCUGGAAGAAAAUCCGCGAGGAGCUCAUCCUUCCUUAUCUCAAACUGGACAUCGAAUACUUUGACCUCGGUCUAGAGGCCCGCGACGCCAUGAGCCCCCGCUAUCUCCUCUCUACAAACGACCGGAUUAUGAUCGACUCCGCCAACGCGAUGCUCGAGCACAAGAUCGGCAUCAAAUGCGCGAUGAUCACGCCCGACGACGCGCGUGUGAAGGAGUUCAAGCUGAAGCAGAUGUGGCGGAGCCCGAACGUGACCAUCCGCAACACCGUCGGCGGCCCCAUCUUCCGCGAGCCGAUCAUCCUCGAGCGCAUCCCGCGGCCGAUACCGCGCUGGGUGAACCCCAUCGUGAUCGGGCGGCACGCGUUCGGCGACCAGUAUUGCUCGACAGACUUCGUUGCGCCGGGCCUGGGGAAGCUGCAGCUCGUGUACACGCCCGCGGACGGCGCCGCGCCGACGAUGCUCGACGUGUACGACUUCCAGUGUAGGGGCGUGGCGAUGGCGAUGUACAACACUGAUGAGCCGAUCACGGGCCUUGCGCACUCGUCGUUCAAAAUGGCGCUGGCGAAGAAGAUGCCCCUCGUACGGUCCUCUCUCCUCCUCCCCGCGAGACCCGUCGCUCAGUUCGAGGCCACGGUCAUCUACUAUGAGCACCGCCUGAUCGAUGACAUGGUCACGCAGGCGAUCAAGUCCUCCGGCGGGUUCGUCUGGGCGACGAAGAACUACGACGGCGACGUGCAGUCGGACAUCCUCGCGCAGGGCUUCGGCAGCCUCGGGAUGACCAGCUCGCUCAUCACCCCCAAUGGACAGGUCAUCGAGAGCGAGGCUCGCGAGUACCAGAAGGGCAACGAGACCUCCACGAACCCGGUCGCGUCCAUCUUCGCGUGGACGCGCGGGCUGCUCCACCGCGCGAAGCUCGACGCGAACUCCGCGCUCGCCGCGUUCGCGCGCGACCUCGAGGCGGCGUGCACCGAGGCGACCGACGCGGACGGCAUCAUGACCAAGGACCUCGUCGUGACCGACAUGUACACGGAUGCCGUCAAGGCGAAGCUGGAUCAGAAGCUCGCGGCGAGAGCGGAGAAGCCGUAG